CAAAACUAAACGGACAUCGAAGCACCAACACGGGGACCGUCCUGCCGCAACUCUCCUGGAGGACGCUGAAAGCUAAAUCAGCCCGAGUGUUUACGGACAAAGUUGAGCGGAAUACGAGCCUCUGAAACUUCUCCCGUCGACUAAAAGCACAAAGCGCAGCCUAUUUGAGUUUUGCUCUGGAGGAUACUGCUGCUGCGUUGUGAGGAAGCUGGCUACUUUCCCGACUGCACCGAGAGGCCGAUUCAACUGCAAGAUGAAACCUGAGCAGAAGGACCAGAAUGGCUGCACACAUUAAACACCUGGAAUUAUACUUGCUUUGACAACAUCUUUUAGAAUCGCCAGAGAACUUUGGAAGGAACUCUCUGAACGCCCACACAUCCAAGUUUUGAUUUCUAUCCGUGGAGCCUAACUACCAUCAUGCCUAUUCUCAAGCAGCUGGUGAACAACUCUAACCAGUCAAAGCGGCGGUCUCGGGCUGACCUGACCGCAGAGAUGAUCAGCGCUCCGUUGGGGGAUUUCCGGCACACCAUGCACGUGGGCCGAGGGGGCGACGCCUUUGGGGACACUUCGUUUCUUAGCACCCGAUCGGGGGAACCUCCGAAAGAGCCGGAGACGAAGCAGGGCUCACCGGGUCCCAAACCAGGACUCCUGUCUCGCACCUUCAGAAGCAGCAAGCGGUCUCAGUCGGUAAACCGGGGGGACAAGUACGACUACAACGUGGUGCCUUCUGCUGGCUCGUCUCAGUUUGUGAAAAACGCCAUAUCCCUGCCUUACCUAAACGACGAGAGUGCUCACAGGGGUCACCAACUGCCGAAGAGCGUUUCCUCGAGCCCCAUGAAGAAGCUGACGGAGAUCGAGAGCAAGCCGGCGAACGGAGCGGCAGCGAUGGCAACGAUCGACGCAGAGUUUGACGAGAGGAAUUUCGGCGAGCUUACAGAUUUGCCUCCGUCCAUGCCCAAAGGAAGCGGGCUGAAGCACGCAGAGUCUAUGAUGUCCUUCCACAUCGACCUGGGGCCCUCCAUGCUCGGGGACAUCCUGAGCGUGAUGGAGAAGAAGGGCUGGGAGGACGACGACCUCGGCUACGAGGAAGGCAAAGGCAGCGAGGGCCACGGGUCGCCCUCCCUCAUCCCCCACAUAGAUGACGACGAUGCGGAGGAGCGGGCCCCCGCCAGGCCGCCCCGCAGCAUGUACCAGCACAAAGCCGCGGUGGAUCCCUACACCCCGGAGCUACACGCCAGGAACAACCACCACAACAUGGACAGCUGCUCCGUGUCCAGCUCUGGCUCCGUCACAGAGGAGAAGCCUCAGUACCACAUCCACGAUGGCGACACGGACAGUGCAAAGUACAGCUCGCCACGCGGGGAGGACGACAGAGAUUUCACCUUCAUGGACGAGGACGACGACGACGAGAUCCGGGUGUAGACUGAGAUGGCAUCACUGCCACGAAGGACACUAAAGGAGACGGCCAGGUUCUCGGGAGGCUUUUACAAGCAGGGGAAGGCAGGAGGGAGGUUUACAGGCAGGGCCGCAUGUGGUUUAAGCUUCUGGUGGAUCAAUGUCAUAUCUGCACACUUUGUUCAGCACCAUAAACAACCAAUUAAGCCUUUUUCACUCUGCUGUAGCGAGGCCCGGUGAACUAAAGGCAGAGUGCAGACAGACUGGCUCCCUCCAAAUGUGUGUUGAUGCAGUUUUUGCAACAUCAAACUCUGAGCUCAUCAUUAUUGGUAAAUUCUACACUUUCAAAUAUUACUGGCUCCCACGUAUUGAGAAGUAAAACCAGCGCACUAGGAGUUAGGGGUGGGCGAUCCGGUGAGCUUUACACAAUGGACAAGAAAACCUGACUAAGUUCUGCUUAGCUUACAGACAUUAAGGGUGCUGUAUGCAGUUGAACUGAUGGAGGCCGUCGGUUGAAGUGACGGCUUUUCUAUCCACGAUGUGAUCACGAGUUCAGCUAAUUCUGCGGGGAGAAUUCAGAUCAAAAGAUAGUCGUGUCGUCUUUCGGCCAGAUCGCCCACCCCCACCAUUAUCUACGAUCAUUACUCUCAUUUUAAGAAGUAGUAAAGGCAGCAGUGGGAUUAGAGAUUGAAUCAUGUGGAUGUGCAGUGCAGAUUCUGAGAAAGGAUGAAGGAAAGGACAAGAAGUGAAGCUCGGAUAGCUGUGACACUCCAGUCAGUGGGAGCGACCACAGAGCCUAGUUGUGAUAUAGACACUAAGCAGAUAAAGUAGGUCAUACUUUUGAUCAUGUCUGAGUUUAAGUGGCGAUUUAUGCUUCUUCUUUUUUUUUUUACUCCAUUGUAUGUACAAUAUCUGGUCCACAGUAGGAGGUUGUAUUUGAGCUGGGUAGUUUAUUAUUAUUUUUGAAUCUGUCUCUUUUGGGCGUUCUUUAAAUUCACAGGCAGCAGUGAUGUUUAUUUAUUCAUUUUCAUAAGGGAUGGAUUGUUCUUAAUGUGCACUGCUUGGUCUUAAAAGUUUGAUUUGGGAUUUUUUUGUUUUAUAUAUACAUAUAUAUAUAUUAUCUUUCAUUUCUUAUGUUCUAAUGGUACUACAGAGUGAAUCCUCUGAGCGUACAGGUUGGCCAAAUUGCACUUAAGUAUUAGACUCAAGUAAACAUGAAAUUGGAGGAGUUUGGUGAUUGGCUCAUUCUAUCAACUUCUUAUUUUGUGUCAGAGAUGGGAUUUUUUAAAAUUUUAUUUCUGUUUCUUUGAGAAUUCAACUCAGUAAAUAAAUAACCUGUAAAUCGCAAUUCAAACACUAAUAGCAUAUCGUGCACAUUCUUGUUUCUCUGGUUUGUCUUUCACAAAACGGGGAAGCGACCACCUGACAAUUAAGCUGUUUUUGCUGUCCGACCGAUAGGUGCUGAGAAGCAACAUCAAAUCAGAAAUCACAUUCGAUAACUACACCUAAAAGUGCAUGUGUGCCUUGAUCACGUUAUCAACACUCGUUUGUCCUAUAAGCACAUGAUAUAAGCACAGCGUCCACGAGGGAGCACUUCUCCUUUGACGGUGCACGAUGUGGAGAACCAGCAAGUUCACAACUGCUCAGCACUUGUGGUCAGGUUCCCUUUGGUGACUUGAGAGGCUUGGACACCAGCUGAUGUUUCCGUUCAUGAGUGGAUUG